GCGGUGGUGGGACAGAGUCCAGGUGAAAAGAGCCAGGAACAGUCAGGGCUUGGCAGGAGCCAUCCGAACACAGCAUACAAAGCAGCAACAUGGUGUGCAAGCCAGAGUGCAUGUAACUACGAAAUCUGCACCAAAGAAAACAGAAACCUUUUUAUACCGUGUAACCACUAAGCACUGAAGAAUACAAUACGUGUGAUAAAAGAAUGGUGGUUGGAACAUGGAUUAUUGCAUUUUAUCUCCUUGGUACAGUAGCAGGUGACGAAGUUUGCUACCCCAGGCUUGGCUGUUUCUCAAAUGACCCACCCUGGUCCGGGAUACCAGGGAGACUUCUGACAGGUUUGCCUGAAUCUCCUGAAGAGAUGAACAUCAGCUUCUCUCUCUACACCAGGGAAACAGGAAAUAACUCACAGGUGAUCUCGGCAAUAAACUCCUCAACCAUCCAAAACUCACAUUUUUCCUCACGUAGGAGAACCUCCUUCAUCAUUCAUGGAUUUAGCAGCACAGGAAAAAAAGGCUGGGUGGUAGAAAUGUGCUUGCUGUUACUGGAAGUAGAAAACAUAAACUGCAUUGCUGUCGAUUGGAAAGAAGGUGCAAAAGGCACCUAUGUCUGUGCAGUGAACAACAUCCGUGUGCUUGGGGCUGAGGUUGCUUAUUUCAUAAAAACUUUACAGAAACUCUUCAGAUACUCCCCUCGUGAGAUCCACUUAAUUGGGCACAGCCUGGGCGCACACACAGCAGGAGAGACAGGCAGAAGGGUCCGAGGUAUCCGGCGGAUCUCAGGCUUGGACCCUGCUGGGCCCUAUUUUGAAGGCACUCCUCCCGAGGUGAGACUGGAUCCUACAGAUGCCAACUUCGUUGAUGUUAUUCACAGUAAUGCUGCUCACUUUCCUGCCACAGGGUUUGGAAUGUAUAACACUACUGGUCACCUUGACUUUUAUCCAAAUGGAGGAACUCUAAUGCCUGGAUGCAAUGAUUUACUUCUAGAAAUGAAACGAAGCGAUUUUGAAGCUCUAAUUGCAGACACUACAAUCUUUGGAAGCUGCCAUCACUCACGCAGCCACGAGUUUUAUUUUAAGAGUAUCCUCUAUCCCACUGGAUUCAUUGGAUAUCCCUGUGAGACAUACGAAGACUUUAAGUCAGGAGACUGUUUCCCAUGUCCCAAGCAGGGCUGUCCAAUGAUGGGGCACCACGCUGACAGGUUUCCAUAUAAACUGAAGAGAGUAAACCAGAAGUAUUUUUUAAACACAGCAGCAGAGCCACCUUUCGCUAGCUGGAGACAAAAAGUAUUUAUCAAACUGUCUGGUGUAAAAAAAAUGAGAGGGGACAUAAACCUGAUAUUCCAUGACACAGAGGGGAAUACAAAAGAAUAUGAAAUUGCCAGUGGAGUCCUCUCCGGUGACAAAGUUUAUACAAAAUACCUUGAUGUUGAAAUUGACCCCCAGAAAACUAAAAAAGUUGAAUUUCUCUGGAAUAAAACCAUAUUCACUCUGCUCUGGGCAAGAAUGGGAGCAGAAGCGGUCAAUAUAAUUCAUGGAGAAGAUGGACGUUGGUCAACUUUCUGCGGCCGUGGAACAGUGACAUAUGGAGUUCCCCAGCUACUUACACCUUGCUAGAGGUCACCAAGAGCAGCUGUUCUGUACACCACAGCUGAGUAAAUGACCAAUGUGUGUGGCAAUGACACUGUACAAGGCUAUUAAAGCAAAUUC